AUGAUUGACUGCAUGCACGUGGCGCCAUGUGGGGAUGCAUUCUAUAGCAUCGUGCCGUCUGAGCUCGCUUCCGAAGUCAGCAUGCUCAUACUCAUCCUCUUUCUCGCCCUAGUGGCCCAAGGUCUUACCAUCCCCCGCUCAACCACGGGCAACAUUUGGCAGCCCAGAGUCGGUGCUUCAUGGGACAUUGUGCUCUCUACCAGCGUACUUCGUCCCGCUCCUGCCACUGAAAUCUAUGACAUCGACAUGUGGAGCAGCGAGCCCAGAACCAUUGACUCCCUCCAUAAGCAGAACCACAAAAUUAUCUGCUACUUUUCCGCUGGCAGCUACGAGCCACACAAGAAAGACAGUGCCUCGUUUCCAAAAGAAGCGCUGGGCAAUCCCCUUCGCGACUGGCCUUCGGAAAGAUGGUUGGAUGUUCGCCAUCCUCAAGUGCGCCGCAUUAUGGCAGCCCGGUUGGACCGAGCACAGCAGAUAGGCUGUGAUGGUGUUGAUCCGGAUAAUGUUGAUGGAGAUGGCAACGACAACGGUUUCGGUCUGACGAAACAGGAUUCCAUCAACUAUAUCAAUUGGUUGGCUGGAGAGACGCAUAGCCGGGGUCUGGCUAUGGGGUUGAAGAACGCGGGAGAUAUCAUUCCUCAGGUUCUUGCAAACAUGCAGUGGAGCGUCAAUGAAGAGUGUGCAGAUAAACACGAGUGUAAUCUGUAUGCCUCUUUUGCAAGGGCUGGAAAGCCUAUCUUCCAUAUUGAAUACCCCAAAGGUAGUGACAGGAAUGACGAUGAAGAUGUCGAUGGGGAGGAGAAGAGACGAUACUGUGAAUUCUCCAAUUCGGGACUAUUUUCAACGGUUUUGAAGAACAUGAUCCUGGAUCGUUGGGUUCAACGGUGUAACUGA